CUCAAUGGACAUGAGUUUGGGUAAACUCUGGGAGUUGGUGAUGGACAGGAAGGCCUGGCGUGCUGCGGUCCAUGGGGUCACAAAGAGUUGGACAUGACUGAGUGACUGAACUGAACUGGACAUUUAUCCAUUAUGUGACCUUAGGCAGAUUACUUUACUUCCAAGACCCUUGAUUUCCACCUCCUAAAUUGGUGCUAUAAUCCCAUAAUAUGCUCAGUGAAAGGUACCUUCCACUUAGCAUAUUUAAAAUUCAACUUAAGUAGCUCUUACUUUACUAUAGGAUAAAGUCCAGGCUUCUUAGAAGGUCAUAUACAAGGCCUGCCGGGCAUAUAGUCAGCACUGAAAUGCCAACACUGUUCUUCCCCUGAGCAAUCCCUUACACUCUCCUGAGAAAUCUUGUGUUUAUCACAUAGCAUGUUAGACUAUUUUGAUUACAACAUAUUACAAUUAAACUAGCUUAACUGAAAAAAAAAAAGAGAGACCCAAUGGAUUUGGGUUAUACAGAUGGGGAGUUGAAGGGUGACUGGCUCCAGGCAGGUCAGGGGUUUGGUGUUGUCUCAGCUCUGUCUCUGCGUUUCUCCACUCUACUACAUAUAGCUCAUCUCGUGGAAGAACUCUCUUGUUGCUUGGAUUCUGUGCCAUUAGGAGCACUGAGGGAAAUGGAGAGAACACCAUGACUAAAGCACCAGUGGGGCUGGGCAGAAAUUCCAUAAAGGAAAUGAAAGCAGGGGGACGGGAAAGUAUCUGAAUGCAACCGGACUUAAAGCUACAACAGUCCACUGUGUGUGGUUUUAUCUCUGCAGACAAUUCGCAGAUACUGUCCCCCACGCCCCGGCCCCCACCACAAGCAAACCCCAUCCUUUCUCCUAAACUUACAGUACUUUUUCAGAUUGCCUGUGGAAGGGGCCAUCAUUCCUCAAACUCAGGAUAUCCCAAACUGCAUUCACUUCCUCCAUCCUGCUCCAUGGUGUUAUCCAGCUUGCCAGCCUGGCUGUCAGUUCUGGUCCCAUCCCCUCUUCUUCCUUCUUGCUCCGUUGCCCUAGGUUAGCCCCUCACCGUGUCACACCUGUGCCUCUGAGCUGGUCUCCUUGCUGGCCUCCCUUCCUCUGCCUUCCUCUUGAUAAUCUCACUGUCACCAGGUUUUUCUUUGUAAAUAACAAUGGGGAUCAUACCAACCCCUUAAAAAUCUCCAGGGACAUCUCAGUACAAACAAAACUCCUCUUUCUUUCAUUCAAAACACUUCAUGAUUUGGGGCCAAUCUACUUUUUAACCUAGCAUAUGAAGGCCUUUCAUUCACUGGAUCCUUUCGCCAAAUAGAACCACUUCCAGUUCCCUGCUCCUGUCCUUUUUUUCCCUCCAUCCACCCCUUUGUCCAUGCUUUUUCCUCAGCUUGAACCAUCUAUGUUACUUCCACCUCACUUGCUGUGUCACCUUGAGAAAAAAUCCUUCGCCCUUUCUGAUUCCAUCCUUUCCCCAUCUGUUCAGCAGUGAUCACAGUACUUGCCUUAGAGGACUGAACCAUAAGAGCAUAUGGGAAGCAGCUGGCCCCAUGCUUGCCAGAGAAAGUGUUGUAUUUUCUCUCUCCCCCUUUUGGCCUUCCUCUCACAUCUUUCAGAUCUUGCUAACUCUCUUUCUUCCACCUUGAUAACCUCCCCUGGUUUGUCCCCUCACCAAAAGCCUUCCCUUUUCUCUCUCCAGAACUCUUCCAGCACAUUUUAUCACAGCCCUUUCCCCCAAACUGAAUUUUUUUUUAAACCUCAGUUCAGUGAACAAUGAACAAUACUCAUAGGGUGUUGGCAUUGGCUACCUACAGCAGAUCAGGCCUUGUCUCCCUGACCUCUCAAGGGUUCAGACAGCCCCCCAGUUCAGAUAGUAUGAUGAGUGUUUGCAUGCAGUCUCUCUCUUCUGCUGGCUGGAUGUCCUUCCUUCAGCCAAGGUCCCAACCUUAGGCAGAGGACACCAGUGAGCUGACUGAGGCCCAUGGACAUGCAGAAUCAUUAACCGACAAGCCCUUCCCCUCAUCUUCAUUCCUCUGUCCUCAGGUCGCAGCCCUCCCCUCAGCUCCUCCGUGCAGAUACAGUUAGAAAGUGCCCUUUGUCCUUUACAGGUGGGGAAGGGACAAGCUCGACAUAGGCCCCGGGAGACUGCUUCCAUUUCUACCUGUCACUCCUGUGGCCUCUCAGCCUCUGACCCUCAGUACCUGUUGUUCUCAGCCAGUUCGCCUGUCGCCCCCAUACCCUGUUCCCUCCACCGCUCCACCUGCUCCCUUGCAGGCGCAUACAGAUAAUACCUUUUACCGUUUUUUUUUUCCUGCUUCUUUGAUCCGAUUUCCCUUUAGAUUUUUUUCCCCCCAGAAACACAUAAAACCACAUGAUCAUGGAAAUAAGAGUUGUUAGAGUUCAGUUCAUACAGAUGGUGGUUUUCAGACUGAACCCUUGGAGAAGGUAAAUCAGUAGUUUAUCUUCUGGGGAGAGAGAAUGGAGAAAGGCCCAUGUGAGUGAGGUGUGAAUCAGAGAGGGUGGGGCCCAGGGGAAGUUGUCACCUCACUUCCCUUUAGUCAGGAAGGCUCCAUGAAUUUCAGGGGGAGUUUCAGCUGUUGGACUUGGUAUUCUUCCCUACCCACACGCACAUCUGGCCUUUAUCCUUAUCAAGAACGACUUCCUGGACUCUUUCAACUUCUCCAGUUUAUCAGCCUGCCCCCGGUGUAGGUAGCGUCCCAUGGACCCUCUUACCUCCAAGAUCUUCCACCAGCUUCCCUGCAGGUUCUAAGUGGUCCCAUUUCCUAGCAGUCCAUUGACAGACUUACCCUUCUUUUCUGUAUAUUUCAGCCUAUAAGCUGUUUUCCUGAGCCAAAGUCUAAACCCCGUGUGUGCUGUAUCUCAUUGUCUGCUACACAGCCCAUAAACAUGCUUAAGCCUCUUCCCAUUAAAAACAACCCUUAGAGGAGCAGUGGAUUACCCUGAGCCCAGCAAAAUGGAGCUUGAGGCCAUGAGUAGAUAUACCCGUCCAGUGAACCCAGCUAUCUUUCCCCAUAUGGCUGUGGUGCUGUUGGCCGUUGACAUGUUCUUCACCUCCUGGUUCUUGGUUUAUAAGGUCACCUCCACCAAGUACACUUGGGAUAUCUACAAAGAGCUCCUCAUCUCUUUGGUGGCCUCACUCUUCAUGGGCUUUGGAGUCCUCUGCCCGCUGCUCUGGGUCAGUGUCUUAUGUCUGAGCUCCCAAGGGUUCCAACCAAGGGUCCUCACUGAGUCCUUCCUUUGGUAAAUUAAUUUUUGGUUUUUGUUUCUACUAUUGCUGGAAGUAUCCUACAUGCUGCUCACAAUAAAGGCAUAUAUGUGAAAAAACAAAAUCAAAACCUUUAGAAUCAAUCUGGAGGUGAGAGUCAGGCACUGAUAUUUUUAAAACUCUCCAGAUGAUUCUGGUGUGCAGCCAGGGCUAAAAAAGAUAAACAGCUAAAUCCAGACUUUGUAGCAAGCCAUACAGAGCUCUUCAUGACUGACUCCUGCCGACGUUCCCCCCUUACCCAUUCGCCCUCUGGACUGGAGACUCCCCAGAACUCCCCAUGCGCGCCAUAUCUCCUGCUUCCAUACCUUCACACACAUGGCUUCCAUCCACCUGAAAACGUCUCCCUGCCUUCUUUAACACCCAGCUUUGGUGUCAUUUCUAUGAAGCCUUCAAGAACUAACCCCCACCUUGGGGUAAGGUGCACCCCCCCCAACCCCUGCUGCUCUCUUAACCCUCUUGGUUUAACUCACCACUUGCUAUUGUAACUGUUAAUUUAUCUAUCUGUCUU